CUUCCCUCGUGUUGAAAAUGAAAAUCCGUGGAGAGUUAAAAGAAUUUGAAAUCAUCGGCAGGCGUCUGCCAUCGGAGAAGAACACCUCUCCACCCCUCUAUAAAAUGAGGAUUUUUGCUCCGGACGAUGUUGUUGCCAAAUCUAAAUACUGGUACUUUGUUGCCAAAUUGAAGAAAAUCAAGAAGUCCAAUGGAGAGGUUGUGUCCUGUAGAGAGAUUUUUGAAAAGAAACCUCUGAGGAUCAAGAACUUUGGUGUUUGGCUGCGUUAUGACUCUCGUAGUGGAACUCACAACAUGUACAGGGAGUACCGUGACUUGACAGUGGCUAGUGCUGUAACUUCCUGCUACCGAGACAUGGCUGCCCGCCAUCGUGCACGAGGAUCAAGCAUUCAGAUCAUGAAAGUUGAUGUAAUCCCAGCCAGCAAGUGCCGAAGACCACACGUGAAGCAGUUGCAUAACUCCAAGAUCAGAUUUCCUCUGCCACAUCGUAUCAUCAAGUCUCACUACAGGUCUAAGUUUGUGGCCAAGCGACCCAACACAUUCUAUUGAAAAUGAUGAUGAAAAGUGACACUGGGAAGCUAAAAUAAAAUUGAUAGUCACCAUACUGUAA